GUUUCUGGCUGAAAGCAAGAGAAGUAUCGGCACCGGAGUCUUUGGCAGCACACCGGCCGCACUGGUUCACAUAGAAACAAGUGAUAAUGUCUCCCCCAUGCAUGUGCUCUCAUAAUUUUAUUCCUUGAGACGCAUCAUUCCAGUGAAAGGACGACUUAUUCUACACUGACAUUUGGUGAUAAUGACGAAAUAAACCACUUCCUGAUCCCUCGACCUCUACAAACUGUCUUAAACCCCACGGGCCCUUGAACCCAAAUAUCUUCCAACUUUCAGCUUUGCACAGUCAACGUUCCAAAAAGUGACUUUUCCCAGACGCCGGCCCUGCUCUUCCAGCCUGCCAACUAAAAAGACGUUCCACCCCUCGCCCUUGUUUGCUUUAUCAAAUGCCCAAAAACAGCAAGGCCGUCAAGAGAGAGCUUGACGACGAUGUCACAGAGUCUGUCAAAGACCUGCUUUCCAACGAGGACGCCUGUGACGAUUCCUUCAAGAAGAGCUCGUUGAUCGUCAGCAACCAUGAAGGGGAAAGGAAAGAGUGUGAUGUGGAGGAAGGGGGCUCGGAUGGAGAGGAGGAGGAACGCCCAGCCUGGAACAGCAAGCUCCAGUACAUCCUGGCCCAAGUGGGCUUCUCUGUAGGGUUGGGAAACGUCUGGAGGUUCCCCUACCUGUGUCAGAAGAACGGAGGGGGAGCGUACCUCGUGCCCUAUCUCAUUCUGCUGAUAUUGAUUGGCAUCCCGCUGUUCUUCCUGGAGCUCGCCGUGGGACAGCGGAUCCGCAGGGGCAGCAUCGGAGUGUGGAACUACAUCAGCCCUCGGCUGGGGGGCAUUGGCUUCGCCAGCUGUGUGGUGUGCUUCUUCGUGGCUCUCUACUACAAUGUCAUCAUCAGCUGGAGUCUCUUCUAUUUCUCCCAGUCCUUCCAGCAACCUCUGCCAUGGCAUGAGUGCCCACUCAUCAAGAACAAGACCAGUACAUAUGUGGUCCCAGAGUGUGAGAAGAGCUCGGCUACGACCUACUACUGGUACCGUGAGGCCUUGGACAUCUCUGACAACAUUUCUGUGGGUGGAGGACUCAACUGGAAGAUGACCGUGUGCCUGCUGGUUGCCUGGUCUAUUGUUUGUCUCGCCAUGAUUAAGGGAAUCCAGUCUUCUGGGAAGGUGAUGUACUUCAGCUCCUUGUUCCCGUACGUCGUGUUGAUUUGCUUCCUGGUCAGGGCUCUGCUCCUGAAGGGCUCCGUGGACGGGAUUCGACACAUGUUCACACCCAAGUUGGAGAUCAUGUUGGAGGCCAAGGUGUGGCGAGAGGCGGCCACGCAGGUCUUCUUCGCCCUGGGCCUCGGCUUCGGCGGCGUCAUUGCCUUUUCCAGCUACAACAAGCAGGACAACAACUGCCACUUCGAUGCCGUCUUGGUGUCUUUUAUUAAUUUCUUCACCUCUGUGCUGGCCACCCUGGUAGUGUUUGCAGUGCUGGGCUUCAAAGCUAACAUAAUGAACAGCAAAUGUGUCACACUAAACACCAACAAGAUAGUGUCAUUGUUGGGGAAAGGCAUUGAACCAAGCCUGAUACCCCACCACAUCAACCUCACUCACGUCAGUGCUGAGGACUACCAACAGAUGAUCGAUAUCAUCAAAGGGGUGAAGGAGGACCAGUUCCCCAUGCUGGGACUGGCGUCCUGCAGCAUUGAGGACGAGCUCAAUAAGGCAGUCCAAGGCACAGGCUUGGCCUUCAUUGCCUUCACAGAGGCCAUGACCCACUUCCCGGCAUCGCCCUUCUGGUCCGUCAUGUUCUUCCUGAUGCUGGUUAACCUCGGCCUGGGCAGCAUGUUCGGCACCAUCGAGGGCAUCCUCACUCCGCUGGUAGACACUUUCAAAGUCCGCAAGGAAUUUCUCACAGUGGGAUGCUGCGCGUUGGCCUUCUCCAUUGGCCUCCUGUUUGUUCAGCGCUCAGGGAACUACUACGUGACCAUGUUCGACGACUACUCGGCUACUUUGCCUCUGCUCAUCGUGGUCGUCCUGGAGAACGUGGCCAUCGCUUGGGUCUACGGGAUUGAUAAAUUCUUUGAAGACCUGAAGGACAUGCUUGGCUUUACGCCGUACCGUUUCUACUACUACAUGUGGAAGUACGUCACACCCAUCCUGCUGCUGGUCCUCCUGUGCGCCAGCUUCAUCCAGCUGUCCAUGACGCCGCCCAGCUACAGUGCCUGGAUACAGGAAGAGGCCAAAGAGCAGAGCUUGCACUUCCCUCCAUGGGGCAUCGUGGUCUGCAUCUCCCUGGUGGUGAUGGCCAUCAUGCCUGUGCCCGUGGUCUUUGGCCUGCGCUACUUCAACAUCAUCGACGACAGCACAAGCGGCCUCUCCACCGUCGCCUACAAAAAGGGCCGCAUCAUCAAGGAGACUGCCCGGCCGGGCGAGGAUGACGACACCAGCCUGAUCCAAGGCAAGUCGCCCAGCGAGCAGCCCUCGCCGAUGCCCGGCAACAGCAUCUACCGCAAGCAGAGCGGCAGCGGUGGCCCUGACGCGGACACAGCACCCAACGGCCGUUACGGUAUUGGUUACUUGAUGGCCGACAUACCGGAUAUGCCCGAGUCGGACUUAUAGACUGACUAUAGUAAGCCCUGCCCGGCCAUGCCGGCUGGCCACUCUUCCCCUCCACCCCUCUGCGUGCGUUUAGUUGCCCGUAUCAUACAUGUAUAUUUCACUUGUUCUGUAUAUUCUUUGUAGCUAUCGUAGCUGCUCUGUUAUUUGUCGUCUCUGAACCUUAUAUUAAAAAAAAAGGUGUGGGAACAAAUGUCAUCAUUGUCUAACCCUUUACCCGUUUGCUUGGCUGCGUCCCAAUCUCACCUCUAUCUCCUGCUCCCCUUUGCUCCCUCCUCCUCGUAGAUGCUACAGGAGAGAAAGAAGCAAUGAGGUGGACUCUCCAUGAGGCCUUCUUGAGCAAACUGCAAAGAGGAGGCUGCAAAGGAAUGUGUUAGAGCUCCUGCACACUGCCUGCGUGGCAUAAGCGUGACGUUUCUAUUGCGUGGCGGCUGUGUGGCGUUUUCUACGUCUUUGCAACAGAAACGUGUCUGACGGCUGCUGCUAGCCUUGUAUGUGCACGUUAGAAUUUCUCAUUGACUCAAGCAGUAGUAUACUUCCUGUUAAACAUAAAUAUAUGUGGCCAGGUAGGUUCAGUGGGUAGAGCAGACGCACAUAUAUGCAGAGGUCUUGGCUCCGAGUCUGAUCAGUGACAAUUUCCUGCAUGUCUUUCCCCUUUCUCACCUAGCUGUCCUGUCAUUAAAGGCAGAAAAGACCAAAAGAAUCAUCUUUAAACAUAAAUAUAUACUGAUUUGAUGACAGCAAAGUUGAUGGCAAAAUAGGCUACAGAAUAUUUUGUUCUGUAGUGACAGGGGAAAUAUUUAAAAAUCAAUAUUUUUUUUUAAAUUUGAUUUAUAUCUGCUUUCAUGUCAAAACCUAGAGACUUUCAAACAUCAACAUGUGACUUAUUAAAUGUAUUUUUUGUCAAAAUGACAUAUAAACAUCUUUUUGUAUUCUAUUUUACGCGGAAACGCUUCAAACACGCUUGAGUAUCGCGUGAAAACUAGGCAUCGGUCCGAUUUCUAGAAUACACGCACGUGUGUGUUACGCAGGCAGCCCUGUGCAGGAGCCCUUAGGGGUCCAAGAGGUCAUCUUGGGACUGCGUCUGUGAGCUGUGUAAAGCAAGCCAGCUUCAAAUCCUGCUGUAAAAAGCUGUUUAUUGUGAUAUUGUGAUCCCUAACCGCUGGCCAACAAGUCCUGAGGUUAGCAGCAGUGCGAGACUCAAGAGAUUCUUCUUGUUGAAGUUCAGGUCAACCUAGUUCAAACAGUGAGAAAACGGCCUUUGAAACCACUCCUAUGAUUGUUUAAGACAAAAGUGUGCCUAAGUCAUUUAUAUUUGUUUAUAGAAUACAUGGACGUUGUAUAUUUAAGGUAUUCUGUAAAUAUAAUAUAAAUAUUAUAAAUAUAUUUACUUUGAUAGUUUGGAUAUAAGAACACCAUGUUUUUAAGGUUCAGAAGUACUUCAAAUCCUUAACUCGUCUUUGUUUUUUACUAAUGUGCUGUCAAUGUUUGUGAGGACUGAUUUCUCUUUGUAAAUAAUUUUUUCCAUGAAAUGGCUUCAAAUGCAAAUGUCUUUUUUCCCUGUCAAGAUUAAAGAUCUAAUAUGGUCCAAAACCUGAAA